UUGUAUUUGUCGAAAUUUAUUUUCCAAAAUCCAUCAUCGCUGGUCUGCGGAGUUGUGCUGCUAUAUUAUUCACGUUGGGUGGAACGUCGAUUUGGUUCCAGUAAAUUUAUGAGCUUUAUUCUGCUGAAUCUCUUCCAAACAGUGGUCAUUGAAAUGUGUGUCUUUUUUGUCAUAUCACGAAUCUACAGUUACAUCCCAUCGUCAGUGUAUUUUGCUAUUGGACCGUAUGCUUUGCUCACCGCUCUCUAUCUGGCAUUUUUAACGGAGAUGCCGCUGGUACCACAUACGAGUUUGCUUGGCUUACCACUAUCGAUACACAUCCUACCGUUUAUCAUGUUCAUUCAGCUGUUCGAGUUAUCCAAGCGAAUACCGAUCUCGUGCGCAGCUGGUGCUUUGAGUUUUGUACUACAGCGAACGUUCUUCAGCAAAACGAAUCUCAUCCCGUCGUUCCUUACAAACAUCUUUUGUUCCACUGCAAAUCCGAUUGGUUGGUUCGCGCAAAAAUUCGCCGAAUUUGGUGAAAUCGAUUGGGAGUAUUUAAAUAUUAUUGAUUGCAUGUAA